AUGGUUGAGGAAGAUGCGGAUUCUGAGGUCAAAUCUCGCUCAGAUAUUGAAUCUCCUUCAAUCCCUCCGCUAGAGAGCGAGGAGGAGACGAUCCCCACUGAUGACCUUCUAGACGAUUCGAAGCUCAUUGAAUACAACUUGGAAGCUUUGAAAUUGUAUGACGAUGCUUUUGAGUGGCUUAGUUCAUGUGGUCAGAAAUUUUGCAUUAUAUCUCUAAUUGGAAAAAGUCGCUUUGGAAAGAAAUUAGAUCAGGUUCUGUUUCCGCUUCUUCGUCCCAAACGCGAAUUCAGAAAAGCCGCUACCUUCGCUGACAGCGGAAUCGACAUUUACUGGUGUGCCACAGAGAAAGUGAUCUUUCUCAUCCCUAAUGGAACUAACGACUUUUCAAAACUCAUCGAAAUCGCGAAGCUGAUUGAAAACACCGACAAUGAGUUUGAUGCGCAGAAGAUUUUGAAGGAUUUCGAUGUUCAAAUGUGCAUCCAGUCGCUUUUUCUUAUGUCUAUCUGUCACUUUGUUCUUCUUGUUCAACCAAGUACAUCGUUGGAUGUGGAACUAUCGACGCAGUUUCUGGCCAUAAGUGAAUGCAGAAAGCUGAUCUUAAGUCAGCUUUCAAUGCUGAUCGGUUCAAUUGGAGCUAAGUCGCAUUGGAUUAAAAAUGCUCGUAUCGCUCAACCCAAGCUUUUAAUUCUUUUUGAAAAAUGUGGUUUGUCCCAAGAAGAUUUACGAGACUUCGCAGAUGGCGAUUAUUCAAGAGGAAAGAGGAAGCGUGUCCCUCAGAAGAAACUCAUUGAUUGCAUGGAGCGCCAGAUAAUCAAUAUUUUCAAGAAUGGGCGCCUUAUUCCUGAGAAAACCCCCUCGAAUUUAUUCAAGAUUUCUGAAAAGACGGCCUUCAUUUUUGUUUUGCAGCCAGAGGAGUCGAAGAUUAAUGAAGAGUGUUUGCCUAUUCCUGCUUGUUUGGACUUGCUCCAAGAGUCGAUAAAGGUGCAACGGGAUAUCGAGAUUGCCGCCUCUGAUCGCUCAUGGUUACCAAAACGAAGGAGGGCUGAAGAUAUGUGGCUUGAGUUUGACUCAUGGAAGUCGAAGCUCGAUCAGGGAGAAGAAGUUUGGAAUUUUCUCUCUGUCCACAUUGACAACAUUUGUGGAAAGUCCUCAAGAUCUCGUUCAAGAUCUCAAGAGCCCGUUGAACUCAACCAGCUGCUUCCAGUAGCUGAUAUCUUGUUCCAAUACAUUGUCCAAGGCAGAGUUCCGGAAAGCAUCGGGGAAGAGGAUUCUACAAAAGCAUAUGAAAUGCGAGAGGCUGUCCUUGCAAAGCUUCAAAAAGCUCUGAAUCCAGAAUGGACUUUCUCUGACCAGCGAUGUGGUAAACUUGUGCCAGAGGCAUACAAGACUUAUUUGACCAAUCUUCCAUCGCAUUAUACGACUCGAAUUCAUAACAAUCAGGUGGACCAGGCGUUGAUGGUCUAUCAUGGAUAUGCAAGAGGCCCAGCUGCGAAGACAUACGAAAAACAAUUGAAAGAGCAGUGCAAGGCCGAAUGGCACAAUGGCCGUCAAUUAUGCGAAGUUAGAUCACUCACCGAUCGACACUGCGUUCAUAAAUGGCAUCGGCUACCAGGAGAAGCAGGUGACGGAUUGGUGAUGACUCACAAUUCCAGAUCAAAGUCUCUUACCGCUUCUACAUGCGGAGAGAUCCAAGUCCAGCGCGAUGAUCCUUUUACUCUCGAGGAAGCGAAUUAUACUUUUUAUGAUGAUUUGGAGUCAAAACUUCAUGUGAAAGAAGACAAGAUCUUUUUUGAUACAUACAAUGCAGAGUCAGCACAGCUUCAAGAAGUUCUUUCUCAACUAAAGUUGGACGGACCGAAAUCCCAGCUAUCCGCUUCUCAAAAAAGCGAUCGUGAAAACGAUGGUUCUGAUGAAACGGUUCCACUUGACGAUAUCACAUCUGUUAUCGCCAAUAAGAAUCGAUUUCUCACUGGAAUGGAAACAACCGAUUCUCCGAAGGGGCUUCUUCCUAGAUUUCCGUCGUGGUCUUGUCUGAAAAUCGGCGAUUUUAGCUGGUAUUCCGAACUCAAAGGGAUCGAGCAGCAAGGUUUCAUAAAUCGUUCGAAUUUCCUUCUUCGUUGGGAUAUUUCCCAGUCUUGCCGAGGCUUUAUCGGCUACGAGUAUGAAACGAUUCGUGGACAUCGUUUCUUUAUGCAGUCGCCACAGAAGAUGGUCCAAGGUGGAUCUAGUGGCGUUGCCGCUCCCGCGAAUGUCCUUCUCGAUCACGAGUUUGUUGGUUCUCCAGACUUGCGCGUUUCCGCCUCGGGCCCGCCGAUGGAAGAAAUUCAGCGAGAGAUUAUUCGAAAGAAAGCCAUCGUCGACACGUACACUGAGAGACCACCCACAUCAACCGAAGAAAUCGCUGCAAAGGACAAACAUGUAAAAGAAUUAGCCGAGUUAAAAGCGAAACUUUGCGAUCUUUACAUGUCAAAAAGAGACACUUCCGAGAAUUCUCCAGCGAACGGAGCCGCUUCGUCCGACUACUUGGAGACUAACCUCCUGGUAUCUGGGCUAAGCAAUCUCGGCAAGUUCAGCGGCGGUGCCCAAGAUCAAACGGCUCAGUACAUCAGCCGAAUCAGGGCCAUUCGGGAAUCAUGUCCGACCAUUAGCUUUACGAAGUUUUUGGCGGCCAUUAGACCAAAGAUGAGCGUAUCUGUCAACAAGACCAUAGACAACUGCGACGUAAAAUCAAUGGAUGAGUUGGCACGAUGUUUGACAAGCAACUACGGCUUAGUCCAAAACGUCUUCCAACUCAUGGAAAAUUGGUGGAGCAAGCCGAAAAAGAGCGGAAUGGGCUUCACCGAAUUUCACUGCGAAUUGCAGAACAGCAUCGAACCUAUCAUCACCUCCUAUGAGAAAAACAUCAAGGCGAUCCUGAUCAAACAAGACAAUAAGCAGAGGGAGCCAUCAUUCCGCGACGCCUUUGGCAUUAUGCUCAUCACGAAAAUGCUCCAGUGUGUGCGAUCGGAAUCUUCCGAAUUGUACAAUUCGAUAAUCGUCGAGCUGAAUAACUUCGACAAUUCAGAGCAGCUCUCAGCUCGCGCUGAAAUUCUAUCUUCUCAAACCGGCUUCAAGUCUGUCAAUGCUGCCGACGGGGCGGAUGCUUCCAAAAAGCAGAAGCAAAGCGAUAAAUCCAGUACUACACAAGGUUACUAUCGACAGCAUCGAGGUCAGCCAGCCGGAUACCGAGGUGGCUACGGCCACCGAGGUGCUCCUUUCAGGGGCACUUCGCGCGGUCAUCCAUCCGGUAAUUUCUAUCGCGGUCAACCUCGACGCGCGAAUUUCUACCCACGGGGACAAUCUCGGGGCGCACCCCGGGGCGGUUACCCGUCUCACAACUACCGCGGCGGCUACAACAAUGGCGUCCAAGGUAACAACAACGGCUACAACCACGGAUACAACAGCGGCUACAACAACCAAGGCAACGGUUACAACCGUAGCCAAACCGAGAACGACUCUCGCAUGUACGGCGUAAACGCGGUAUUUGACGAGUCUUACGUUCCAUUGCCACUUCCGGCGGAUGAGCCAGAACAGAUAAUCCCUCAAUUUGAGCCACCAGCUCAACCUGACGUCGUCCAUCAAGGCGACUACUACCAACCGCAGUUCGAAAGCUUCCAGGCUCCUGAGCAGCCCGAAGCCGACGAUAGCGCAUACUACACAGAUCAAUCAACAUAUUCCCAAAGCUACACAAGAGAAGUCAAAAAACUAGACAUGUCCGGCGAAUUCGCCGGACAGAUAGCAACUACACACAAGCCCAUCCUGUUUCAACCGAAUCCAUUUGGCAUUUCGGGAGCGACUUAUUUACCUGUCAUGUUCGGGACAACCGACAUGUGGGUACCUACCCUAUACGAUCCCGGCUCUUUCGGUAGUCUUAUUUCUGAAAAAGUCGUCCAAGAUUUGGAUUUAAAAAUAGAACCUACAGAUCAAACUGUUCGAGGCAUAGGAAGUAAUAAUUCAUGCAUCGGAAAGGUUGUUUCUGAUAUAAAAAUCGGUCCAGAUUCGCACUGGCCGCGCACCACCUGGUUUGUUCUACCAGCAAACACAAUGAUGAUUCCGGCUAUUCUCGGAAGAACCCCUAUGUACGAAAGAUGCUCUGAAAUCAAACAAGACUUGGAUGAUCAAACAUUAUUUUUCAAAUCGAUAAGGAAUCAACGAAUUCGUAUUCCUUACGUGAAUGACCCCAAGCGUCAAUCCUUCUUUAAACGCGCGGAUGAAAACGGUGUUCACGCCGCGUACGAUUCGAUGAGUACAAACGAGUUAGUCGACAUCGUCAAAUCAGAAAUUGGUGCGAACAUUCACAUUGGCGAUGAUCCGAGUGAAGCUCGCAGAAUUGCCUUACUCUUUUUAGUAUCUCGCCGGCAGGCAUUUUCCACGGAGAAUCGCCCUGUCGGUAAAUUCAAGGGAUAUCUCGCAGAAAUCGACACCAUCCCCGGCAAGUCUCGCCACAUUCCACAGUUUCGAACUCCUGAAAGAUUCGUAGAACCGCUUACGGAACAGGUCGAGAAACUGAAGAAACUCGGUAUUCUCAAACCUUGUCCGAAUUCUCGAGGUUUUAAUACACCGAUUGGUGGUGUUUUAAAAUCAAACGGCGACACGAGAAUGAUACUCCAUCUUAACUUGUCGGUUAACCCUCUUCUGCGCAACGCUGACACCUUCAGCUUACCAUACAUGGAACAAGAAAUCGAAAUUCCCCCCGGAAACAAAUAUUUCGGUGUCCUGGACCUCGCGGCCGGGUUCUGGAAUAUUGGUGUUCGACCCGAGGACCAGCACAAACUCGCGAUCACAUGGAACAACGAAACACUCAUGUUUAGUCGUUUACCCUUUGGGUUGCGUACCAGCGGUCACUUGUUUUGCCGGGCGGUAAAUCACGCAAUGCGAAACAUGAAACAUCGCUCGAAUUGCAAGGCAUUUGUAGACGAUGUCUUAGUAUUCCACAACAAUUUCGAAGAUUUUUUGGCCACUCUCGAUGAGCUCCUCGGAGUUCUCACUGAAUACGGCUUUGCCGUUGGAGGGAAGAAAGUGUUCGUUCUCCAUCCAUCGGUAAAGUGGUUGGGACGUGUAAUCGAUUCGAAUGGUCAGUAUCCCGAUCCUGACAACGUAAAAGCUAUCACCAACAUGAAAGCUCCUCAGGAUUUCAAGGGAUUACAGUCACUCAUUGGCCUUUGCCAGUGGGUCCGAUCCUUCUGCGCGACAAAACCAGGUGACCCGGUUUCUUCCACCUGUUUCAGCCACCUCAUCAAGCCAAUCACAGCUCUGAAGCAGAAAAGGCUUUCAACAAAAUCAAAGCCAGGCUGGCAUCUCCUUCGACGAUCUGGUUUCCAGAUUUCUCAGUUCCAUUUUGUCUCUGUACAGAUGCAAGUGCCAUCGCGAGCGGCUGGUGUCUGUUGCAAGUAG